GCCACGCCCCUUUUGGUAUCCCGGAUGAUAUCGGCUCUGCACGUGUUGUUUUGGGAGUGUGGAUAUCAGCUAUAAGUUUAAUAUGGAGACUGAAAAUGUGGCUGUUACCACAGAUGACAACUUUGUUAAUGUGACUACCAAGAAAAGCAGGAAGCGGAGAGCUGCGGAGGACAAGCCCAUGGACACCGGGGAGCAGCCCAGCAAGAGGCCGGAUUUUCCUCCGAUAUCCGGGGAUAAACUUAUGGGAGACAAAGAUGAAAUGAGGAAAAUCCCUGUUCCUCCACAUAGAUAUACCCCUCUAAAAGAGAAUUGGAUGAAAAUAUUUACACCAAUUGUGGAACAUUUGCAGCUUCAGGUUCGGUUCAAUCUAAAAACAAGAAAUGUGGAAAUAAAGACUUGUAAAGAAACAACAGAUGUAGGUGCAUUGACAAAAGCAGCAGAUUUCGUCAAAGCCUUUGUACUGGGCUUUCAGGUUGAGGAUGCUUUAGCGUUGGUUCGGCUGGAUGAUCUUUUCUUAGAAACAUUUGAAGUCACAGAUGUUAAGCCACUGAAAGGAGACCAUCUUUCUCGUGCCAUUGGAAGGAUAGCUGGUAAAGGAGGAAAAACAAAGUUCACCAUAGAAAAUGUCACAAAGACAAGGAUUGUUUUGGCUGAUGCAAAAAUACACAUCCUUGGAUCCUUUCAAAAUAUCAAGAUGGCAAGAACAGCAAUUUGUAACCUCAUCUUAGGAAGUCCACCUUCAAAGGUAUAUGGAAAUAUUAGGGCAGUGGCAAGCAGAGCAGCUGACAGAUUCUAAAGCUGGAAGAAUAAACAAAGGACAUAAUGUGUUGAUACUCAUCAUGGCUGGACAGAACAUACACCUGCAGCUCAGAAAGAGGCUGCUUAUUUUGUGGUUAAAGACUGGUUUACACCUAGUUGGAAGGAGACAUUUGUAAUAUUUAUACUAUAAAGGACUUUAUGGGAUUUUUUUGCCAACUUGUAAAAAAAAUAAAACUAAACCUAUAUAAGUAA